AUGGCGACAUUAUCCAUCGCUUCGCUUUCUUCUUUCUUCUCAGAAGAAAAGAAAUCUAUAAAAAAGGGGGAAAACCACUUUAAGUCAGAUCACAUUGAAGCAUUUACUUACCAGCAGGGUGUUUUACGAGGAGAAGUACACGCAAGCAUGAAACAAAAGGUUUAUAAAGUGACGAUUUAUUUGGAUGAAGAACAUGAAAUAAAAUCAACCGAGUGUGAAUGUCCAAGAGGCGUGUUUAAAUGCAGUCACGCAGCAGCCCUCUUUAUUCACGGUAUUCACAAACUGAGCCGAACCGACGUCGAAUGCCAGUGGCGGAAACGAAAGUCAAAUACAUCGCUUUCAACUCAAGCGGUCACAGAAAUGUUCCCCCCGCCUAAAAGGUAUUCUGCUCUGUCGAGAAAGCCUACACAAGCUGACCGUUGCGCGUUGUACGAAGACCUGAAGGAAUAUGGGCGGUUUACGGGGCUCUGCUGGCUAAUCAGCCCUGAGCCACCUAUUGCUAACCAGCUUCCUUUUCCAACCAUAGAAGAAAUUAUUUUCUCUGACGAGUUUCUUCAAGCCACUGGGCGUCAGCAGCAGCUGGACUGUUUGGUUCGCCUUUCCAGAUUACAAGAAACGGACAUUUUAAGGGUUAGCGAAUUAACUGCUGGCCAGCGAGACAACCCGGCCUGGUUUUUGGCGAGAAGGGGCCGCCUUACAGCCAGUAACUUCGGCUCUGUCCUAAAGGCAAAGAGGAUCACUCCUUCACUUAUUAAACGUCUUCUCGGGGAGUACGACCUAUCAAGGGUAAAGGCAGUGCAAUGGGGAGUAAAUAAUGAAGAGGAAGCCGUCAAAGCAUUCACCCUGAAAACAGGGUUGGCAGUGAAAGGAACUGGAAUCUGGUUUCAUUCAUCUGGAAUUCUUGGUGCAUCUCCAGAUGGUAUCAUUGAUGAAGGAACUGUUCUUGAGGUGAAGUGUCCGUACACGGAACGGAACCUAACAGUAGCAGAGGCAGUGGAGUCAGCAACAUUUUGCCUUGAAAAAUGUACAAGUGGACAGGGCUACGCCUUGAAAAAAGACCAUGUUUAUUGGCACCAGGUCCAGGGAGAAAUGUACUUCUCACGUAGGAGGUUUUGUUAUUUUGUGGUAUGGACCACAAAGGAUAUAGCUAUUGUAAAAAUAGAAAGAGAUGAA